ACGAAGAUUUGACAUUUGGAUCUAUUCGCUUUGAUACAAAAAAUAAAAUAUCUCUAAAAUGGGGCGAUUAUCGUAAUACUGUGCUAAAGUUAUGAGUAAAACACAAUAAAAAAUAGCAGUUCUUUAAUUCCGUUGCAUUAAUGUGGAUUCUGUGACGUUAUUUGCCAAAAACGGCGAGAAAAAUACAUAUUUCUACGCGACUACGUUUUCUCACAAUUAACUUUGAAAUGUUAUGAUAAAAACAAUGUUUCAUUCAUAAAAAGUGAUUUAAUUCCAAAGUGAAUCUCUUGACUGUGUCCAAUACGUGUUUACUGUGUUAAAUAACUGUAUAUUUGUGUGUAAAAUGCGUACGUAGAUCGACUGCUAGACAUGGUUAUCGCAGACCUAUUUAUAUCGUAAAUAUUUAUAUUCCGCGGUGGUACUGUGGCUUUUAAUGAGUUAUAAGUGGUGCACAUAAAGCUGUAAUGUAGUUUUAGUGUGUUUAUUUAGUGGUGAUCUUAAGAGGAUCUUAUAUGGCGGUCAAUUUUUGAUUGGACUGUGAACUUUGGUUUUCGAGCAUCGCGGGUGGAUCCUAUGUUAAAAUGGUUACGAUGAACUCUUCAGAAAAGGCUGCUCAGAAGGCCUGUCAGCAAGGACCAUCCAGGGACAACUCCAAGUAUGUAAAAGAAGAGAAAGACAAAGAUAAAAAGGACACAAAAGAUGGCGCCCUCUCGAACCUACCGCCAAACGUGCAGGCUCUUAUGUCCACCAUACCUUCGCCGGAAGAAUCGCCCAACUACCUCAUUUACAAGAAGAUGGAAGCCAUCAUCGAGAAGAUGCAGGAUGAGAACACGGGGGUUCCCGUGAAGACUGUCAAGAGUUUCAUGUCCAAGAUUCCAUCGGUGUUCACCGGCGCGGACCUGGUCGCGUGGCUGUCCCGCUCACUGCGCUUACAAGAUACCUGGGAAGCGUUGCACCUGGCACACCUGUUGGCAGCCCACGGAUACCUGUUCCCGAUCGACGACCACAACCUGACCGUGAAGAACGAUAGCACGCACUACAGGUACGCGAGAGUAUGUGAGGUCUCCCGGCUGUCCCGCUCACUGCGCUUACAAGAUACCUGGGAAGCGUUGCACCUGGCACACCUGUUGGCUGCCCACGGAUACCUGUUCCCGAUCGACGACCACAACCUGACCGUGAAGAACGAUAGCACGCACUACAGAUUCCAAACACCGUACUUUUGGCCGUCAAACCAAUGGGAACCAGAGAACACUGAUUAUGCUGUGUAUCUGUGCAAGCGUACGAUGCAGAACAAAGCGCGCUUAGAACUGGCCGACUACGAAGCAGAGUCUUUAGCGCGCCUUCAGAAGAUGUUCAGUCGCAAGUGGGAGUUUAUAUUCAUGCAGGCCGAGGCGCAGAGCAAGGUCGACAAGAAGCGGGAUAAACUGGAGAGAAAAGUACUGGACAGCCAGGAGAGAGCCUUCUGGGACGUGCACCGACCUAUGCCCGGCUGCGUUAAUACAACUGAGCUGGAUCCGCGAAAACUGUCCCGCAUCAACGCUCUGAAAGCUAAGCGGCUGCGGCAGGCUCAAGAACUCAUCCUGCAACAUAACCUUAAGAACAAUCCAAUCGUGACAAUAACCAAUGCUCAAGAAAGCGAAGAACAGAUACAGAAGAAGAACGAAAAUAAUACAGUCAAAGAAAAUGGAGAGACGUCCCAGCCAGACGCAUCCGCAGCGCCCGAAGCGGAAGCGAAGCAGAAGGGAAGCAUCGAGCAGCAGAUCGAAGCGGCGCGCAGGCAGAUCGCCGUGCUCAAAGCGCGCAUCGAGAGACGAAACGUACGCGUUAGCAAGGUGGCUGAGAUGUUUAUAUCCUACUGCGAGCAGUAUGCCGAAUACGACGCGUUCCUGACACCGCCCGAGUGGCCCAACCCGUGGGUGUCUGACACCACCGAGCUAUGGGACCAGGAGAAACAGUGCAAAGACCCGCUGCCGCUUCGCCGUGUGCGCCGCUGGGCUUUCAGCCUGCGAGAGCUGUUGCAAGACCCGGCUGGAAGGGAGCACUUCGCCAAGUUCCUGUCCAAGGAGUUUAGCGGGGAGAACCUUAAAUUCUGGCUGGCCGUGCAGGAGUUGAAAGCGCUUCCCAUCCGUCGCGUCGCGGCGCGCGCUCGCGAGAUAUGGAAGGAGUUCCUGGCAUCAGACGCGCCGUCGCCCGUCAACAUCGACGCCGCUAGCAGAGAGCUGACCCGCACCAAAGUCGAAUCUGGGACCGCGGAUAGAUACUGCUUCGACCAAGCGCAGGCACACGUAUGGCACCUGAUGAAGUCCGACAGCUACUCGCGAUACCUUCGCUCGGAAAUGUACAAGGAGUACCUCAACGGCUCCAAGAAAAAGACAUCUGUCAAAGGCAUACGAUCGAUCGUCUCGUUCACCGCUAGAAAAGAAACGUCUAGCAACUAAAGAGAAGAACAGGUAAACAGAAGACGGAAGAACAGAAGAAGUAAGGCAAGCUAACGCCGUAAUAUACCAAAGAACGUGACCGCGUGAAGGAUACCGGUAUAUCUGGAUACCGGUACGAAACCGGUUUGGCUAAAUAACGGUAUUAUUUAACUGAUUUUAGUUGAAAUCGUGAUACCGGUACGAAACCGGUUUGGCUAAAUAACGGUAUUAUUUUACUGAGUUUAGUUGAAAUCUUGAUACCGGUACGUAACCGGUUUGGCUAAAUAACGGUAUUAUUUUACUGAAUUUAGUUAACGUUAUUGAUAUUAUGUUUUAUUGCGUUCCAAAGUAAAUAAAAUGUACCGGUAAAUGUUUGUUUCGACAGAGCUUAGAUAACUAUUUAAUUAUUCUAUUUUUAGUCAGUUUUUUGUAAUUUUUAGGAACCUCAAAUGAAAUCCGUCUUUUAUUUCUUUAUUAACCAUACAAUUAUUAAUAAUUAGUUUUAUUUAACUUUUGUAAUACCGUUUUUUUUGUAUUUUGAAACAAAUUGCACGUAUUCCUUGCUUAUCUUAGAUUUCGUUGUAAAUUUCAUUUAUUUCAUUAAUUUAUGAAGUGGUGGGGAGUGUAGAUCUCUUAGACUGCCGGUAAAUAACGGUAUUUAAUUUUCGACGACCGGUAAAUACCGAUAUUUUACCGGUCGCCGAAAAAAAUAUGUAAUCGGUAAAUAUUAGAAUCGUAUUUAAAUAAAAAUAAUAUAGAGAAUGCAAUAUUCGUUAGUAAGUUUGUAUGUAUAUUACUAUCAUAGUAUGAUUAUUUUUGUUAGAAGUACCUUCUAUCUAAUAUCUAUAGUCUUCUAUAGUUCCCUAUGACAUGUAAACAAUUUUAGACUUUAUUGCAUUUGAAUUUAGGAUGUGUUUUCAAUUUACGUUAUCAGAAAGUCAGAUUAAAGUUUUGUUUCAAUUUUUCUACUCUAAUAUUAUAAAGAGGAAAACUUUGUUUGUUUGUUUGGUUGUAAUGAAUAGGCUCAAAAACUACUGGACCGUUUUUAAAAAUUCUUUCACCAUUGGAAAGCCACAUUGUCCACACGGGCGAAGCCGCGGGCGGAAAGCUAGUAUCUUAUAAAAUGAAGUCUUCCUAACAUUUUUGGCAUUAAAUUACCCGCUUCUAUUACAUUUAAUAAUAUAGAAAAAGACGUUGUUCUGCUAUCCAAACUAUACUUACGGGCAAAAGUAUGGAAUUUUACCCCUUUGUGUUCCGAGCGGUCUUA